AUGUUGCGAGGUGUUCGCACCGCGUCAGACUCGCAUGUUGAGAGAUACGAGAUAGUGCAAGAUAGAUGGAUCUGUCGUGAGCUACGUUCGCACCUUGAUGUAAUAACAUGCAGGGAGUUUACUACCGCCUUUGCCGUUACCACAACCGGUCGUCCGAGAUAUGAGCCAACGGAGGAAGGUGAAGAACGCCAGCUGACUGGGUAUCCCGCCUAUCGAAACAACAUCAAUGAUGUACUCCUGCUAGCCAUGAGCAGAAGCCAAUGUGCCGAUCAGCACACGGCGUCGUCGAGGAAAAUGCCCCGUCCCCAGUCCCCUGCCGAGUGCGUCGGCUUGUUUUUCUUUGUAUAUAUUGCAUGUUAUUCUAUGUAUCUAUUCUGUGCACAUUAUCGUGUAUGGAAAAUCAUAAAAAUGGCACUAUUAAUAGCUGUUAUAUCGUCCAAUGCAUUGAACGUACGGACGUAUCACGGCCCGGGCAAGCCACCAGGUAGCCCACUCCGGGAGCAGGGAGCCAGGUUGACUCGCGGCUAA